AUGAGUAUAUUCCUAAAACGUUUGAAUUUUGCCGUAACAAGGCCUUACAGUCGCUCACUGUUUACGUCGGCAGAAAGAACCCCAAAUUAUCCUGGUCAUGUUCCACUGUCUCCUUUACAGAGAAUAUUUUUGGUUGCUGGUUCUGCAAUAAUGGGAUUGAAGGCACCAUGGCGUGGAGACAUGAUUUCCAUAUUAGGAGACUCAUCUGGUCAACCGUUUUUUUUACGGCGUUUACUAAAUCAAAUGCUUGCUGAUGAAGUAGGCCGUCAAAUCUUGAUGGAAAAACCACGUAUAACUUCAAAGUCCUUAAAUCUUCCAUUCUUACGAACGCUUCCAUUAAAUACAUUAGGACGUAUUUACGUCGACUGGAUUGAUAGAGAACAUGUAAGCCCUGAUACUCGUUCCCCUACGCGAUAUGUAGAUGAUCCAGAAGAAGCAUAUGUUAUGCAAAGAUAUCGCGAGUGCCAUGAUUUCUAUCAUGCGCUUUGCCAUAUGCCUACAAAUAUUGAAGGAGAACUCGCUAUAAAAUGGCUCGAAUUUAUCAACAUGGGUUUACCCGUCGGUGCUCUAUCGGCUUUGUUCGGUCCUCUUCGGUUAAAUUGUAACCAAAUAGCAGCAUUUCGUAAAGUCUACAUUCCUUGGGCUGUUCGUAAUGGGCUUGUGGCUAAAACACUGAUUAAUGUUUACUGGGAAAAAGAACUCACCAAAGACAUCAAUGAAGUCCGAAAAAGGAUAGGAAUUGAAGCAGCUCCUCCUUUGCGCUAA